AUGACAAACACGGUUGAAAGUCGCUAUUAUACCUCAGUGUUUAUGGGGCAUGGAACAGCAGAGGACAUGCUUUCUCAUUUUCGUUCAGGCAUAGAAGGAAUUCCUCUCAAAAAGUUUAUCAGGUAGGAUGCAACUCUCGUUAUGUUUGGGUAAUUUAUAUAAACAUAACAAACGAAAGAUAAACAUGGUCAUCUCUUCGCUGAUGACAUUACCUCCUAGGUUUCCUAAUUAUAAAUACAUGUACUGUUACUAGUGUGGUGCAAAUCGCCGUUACGUACGGAAAACAAAUGUUUUGUGUAAUGCCAAAAAGCGAUAAAAUUGUAUUAAAUAGAAAUGAAACACCUUACUUAGUUUUCUGCCCUUUAAGGUCUAAAUAAUGAACACUCUUUCAUUGCAAAUUUUCACAAUUCCAAUGCAUCCAUGAGUAGUUCACUUCGUGUCUAGGUGGACAAUGACACGAACUCUGGGACGUAAUGCAAGUACUAAAUUAAAUAAUCUGUUUCCCUUUCAAUAUUACAAGGAAUGUUUUCUCUCAUACUAGUUGUCAAUGGAUGGACCCAACGUUAAUUGGAAAUUUUACAGUAUGCUGACUGAUGAGGCAAAAAGGGAGCAUAAUAGUCACAUGCUGAACAUUGGCAGCUGUGGUUUACACAUUCUUCAUGGAGCAUUCAAGGAUGGUGCUGUGGCAUCAGGAUGGCAGUUAGACAGGUUGUUCUCUAGCCUUCACUGGCUUUUUCAGGACAGUCCGGCAAGGAGAGAGGACUACACCAAAGUAACAGGAAGCUCACUGUUUGCUUUGAAGUUCUGCAAACAUAGGUGGUUGGAGAAUGUCUUGGUUGCAGAACGUACACAGAGUAUGUGGGACAGUGUUGUCAAGUAUGUUCAGAGUGCAAGGGAAGGAAAAGUUCCACAGCCACAGAAUAAAUCCUUUGACACUGUACAAGAGUUUGUUGCAGAUCCCUUUACGACUGCAAAAGUCGCCUUCUACCUAUCAGUAGCCAAGCAAGUGACACCGUUUUUGACACUCUAUCAAACCUGUACAGCAUGCUUGGGGGAUUAAUGAGAAGAUUUAUUAAGACCACUGUUAUCAGUGAAGCCAAAACCCCAUUGAAGCUUACAAAACUUGACCCUGCUGACUCCAGCAUUCAUGCCUCUCAUUCCAAGAUUGACCUGGGGUUUACAGCUGACAAGAAGAUCAAGGAGUUGAUUGCAAAGGCCACAGUUUUAGAGAAAAGAGUGCUUCAGUUUCAGAUGGAAUGCAAGGAGUUCCUUAUGAAAGUAGUUUGCAAACUGAUUGCCAAAGCACCAAUUCAGUAUUCCCUUGUAAGGAAUAUAAAUUGCUUAGAUCCAAGGAACAUGAUGAGUGACCAUGAUGUUUCCAUCACAAAAUUCAAGAGAGUUUUAACUACCCUUGAAAAUGCCAAGAAAGUCCUGGAAGGUGAAUGUGAUUCCCUUUUGGAACUAUUUAGACAAUUCAUUAUGGAAGCCCCCUCUUCUUCUCCGUCGGAGUUCAAAGACUAUGAUCCUAACAAUGAUAGACUUGAUUCCUUUCUGUAUCUUCACAUGGGACAGAAGCGAUCCUACCAAUCAUUGUGGAAAGUAGUCUCAGAGCUACUGAUAUUAUCACAUGGCCAGGCCAGUGUCGAAAGAGGAUUCUCAGUCAAUAAGCAACUGGAAGUCGAGAACCUCCAAGAGCGCUCCUUCAUUGCACAAAGGCUGGUACAAGAUCAUGUACAAUCUGUGGGAGGUGUCCUUGCUGUUUCAAUCAACAAACCACUUCUUUUGUCAGCUGCAGGAGCUAGGCAGAAGUAUUUAUCAUAUCUUGAUGAACAAAAGAGGAAGAAAACCUCUGAGGGUGUAGAACUGAAGCGAAAGGAGCUAGUCGAUGAACUUGAGGAACUUAAAAAGAAAAGAAGGCGUUUAGACACUGAUGUUGACAAUCUUGUUAAAUCAGCAGACGAGUUUGCACAGAAAGCAGAGGACACUGGGAAACUUGUGUGGAUUACAAAGUCAAAUAGUUUGAGGAGAACUGCAAAAGAAAAGGAGAUGGCUCGCAAAGACCUUGAGUGCAAAAUUGCGAAUGUUGUGGAUGAACUAAAAAAGGCAUAG